CUUAUAACCAUUUAAAUGGUGAAGUUUUUUGAGGAGGUCACCCCAUCGCCUAUGGCGGAGACGCCCAGUCCCACACCAUCACCCUCACCAUCCACCUCUUCGGCAACGUCACAUAACACUUACAUCCACCCUACAACUUCAUCACAUAACCGCAAGUCCCGCCCAUUUAAAAAGAACCAUCCACAUUUGUACCAUAACCUUAACUUUCCCGAUCCAUUUUCUGGAUUUAACUUUAUCCACGUUCACAAUGUCCAGAAUCCACCAGUACAAUACUUUAUCCAUCAUCACCAUUGUCCAUUUCCACCACCACAGUGCGCGGAAAUGUGUAGCGGGGGCGUGGCGAACGCGAAAUGUGAUAACGCGCUACGUAACGGCGCCGCAUUGGGGCGUAACGGGGGCGUGGCUUCGAAUAAUUCGUCCAAUCAGGGACCACCACCUGCGAAGUUUUAUUUCGGACCGGGUUUUGAGCCUCAAAGGUUCUAUGAGGCACCUGCACGGUCUCAAGGUAGAAAUAAGAGAGAGGAGUAUAUUGUGAACUUUCAUGUUAAUCCUGGUGUGAAUGUUAACUUGAUGAUGCGAGAUGGUAGUGUGGAGAUCUUUAAAGGUCCGGUGACUGUUCCCAUGGUAUCUACGAACCAAUCGCCGCCAAUCGCGAUGCCGGUACACGUGCCACCCGGUCACGUGGUCCAGCAAGUCGUCGACGAAAACGGUACUUUGCGGCAUGUGAUCUUGUCUCCCUCGCAACACCCCAACCUGUUGCCGUUGCCUAACCCACCUCAUUAUAAUAACAGUGGACCUCCAAAUGGCACCAAUCAGUCGCAGCAGUACUAUCCGAGCGGGGUGGGCAACUAUCCACCACAAGGAUACCAUUCCAUGCCGGGUGCCCACACAGUACCUAGUCCCACCCACCUUGGCCACUCACCACCUCCAAACCCCAUGUAUUAUAAAGAUGAACGUACACAAAGGCAACACAUAAAACUGAAAAAGAAACUGCAAGAAAAACACCAAAAAGUUCCAGACGUAUCCUCACCUAGAAAAGAUUUAGUUAAUGGCUUAAAAAGAGGUCCUGCCACCACCACCAAGGACAAAGGGAUGAACAGUGUGGGAACAAGUGAAGAUGGCGAGGAGAGCAGCGUUCCAGACGAAGAGGAUUCUGUCCAAGUAGUAACCGAUUUGUUGUCUUCGGUGCAACCGCCGAAGGUUCAAGAGUUAAACUCUCGUUCUGCCCUUUUGCAAUGGGCAGCACCGCUGCGUCUUUCAGAGUCAGCCAGCAACGACAGCGGUACCAACGAAAUCGAUAUUCCAGAGAGUGACCUGCGUUACGAAGUGCUGCUCUCAGAUAAAAGUCGAGACGUGCAGAGAGACAUGAAAUUUAAGUCAAUUUAUAAUGGACCUGCCCUAUCAUGUCGAAUACAGGAUUUGAAGCCUGGACAAGAAUACUCGGUAUCACUACAAGUGCAUUUAGAUGAAUUGCAGGGUUAUGCAACUGAGCCAAUUAAGUUUGUGACGCCGGCUUGUGAGCCAGACCAACCCCAACCUCCCAAAUUGGGUACAAAAACGAAAAAUUCACUGCAACUUAGAUGGAGUCCAGUAAACGACAACGGUUCCAAGAUACUAUUUUACAUACUGGAAUACGACGCCGGGAAGGGCGGAGACUUUGAGGAGGUGCACAAAAGCAGAAUUCGAACGCAGUUUAACUUGCAAAAACUGCAACCGGCUACGACGUAUAAGUUCAGGCUGGCGGCGGUUAAUGAUAUUGGAAAGAGUGCUUAUUCAGAUGUUGUCGCUUACCGGACAACGGAUAAUCCUCCUGCUCAACCGAGUCCUCCAACCUUAGUGGAAGCCACAGUUUCGACCCUUCAUUUAAAAUGGCACCAUCGGCCUAAAGACGAGGAGUACACCCUUCAAAUGAACGACCUAAAGACCAAAUACGGUCAUAUGAAUCUGUACAACGGAAGAGAAACGUCCUAUGUUUGUCAGCAGCUGAGUUGUUAUAGUGAUUAUACAUUUAGAUUAAAGGCAAGCAACGAAGGUGGUACCUCACCAUGGAGCGAAGAGAUCACCUUCAAAACGAAACCGGAUCGGCCCGAUCGUCCCUCAAAGCCGAUCGUAAAAGGUCGGAUACAUGCCUAUUCGUUUAGAUUAAAAUGGGAGCCGCCGAGUAACACCGGUGGUGCCGAAAUCACUAAAUAUAUUCUAGAAGUCAAUUCGGGCAGCGGGUACGAGCAGGUCUAUUGUGGUCCGGACACCGAAGCCACUUGUGACCGACUUACCCCCGGUACUACCUAUCAAUUAAGGGUAAGUUGUGCAUCGGCUGGUGGACAGAGCAACCCUUCCGAUCCCUGCACGGUUACCACUGAGGCUAUCGGUCCCGGCAUGUGCGGAAUUCCAAAACUGAUCGGAAAAGCGAAACCGGACGCUUUAACGGUGAGAUGGACGGAACCGGACUACAACGGUGGGGCGCCAGUAUUGGAUUACGAACUGGAAAUGACCAAUCCGGAUUCCAGUAGGCUCAUUGUGCAUAAAAGCAAAGAGACGGAAUGUACCGUUGCUCAGGGCAUCAUUCCAGGCAAAGAGUACGCAUUUGCAGUAAGGGCGGUUAACAGAAUAUGCGCCGGUCCCUGGUCCGAAACCCUUAAAAUCGUAUCGGGGGCAGCUCCGCCCGGGGCACCCUCCGCCCCAAUCCUAAAGUGCCAAUCGCCAUUCCAAGUGACAAUUGAGUGGAACGAACCGAUCAGUAACGGCGCCCUCGUAACCGAGUACCGAUUGGAAAUGAACCCCGAAUCUCCCGAAGAUCUGAGCCAAUUCGUCAAUAUUUACCAAGGACCCCAAACCAGUUAUGAAGCGAAAAAUCUCACGCCGUUCAAGAAAUACUAUUUUAGAGUGCAAGCAUUUAAUGCGGCCGGUGCGGGACCUUUUAGUUGCGUGGUUUCGGUGGACACACCGGCGGCAGCGCCCUCAGCAGUGUCCAUUUUGCGGAGCGAAGUUACUCCUACCACGAUAGCUUUACUAUGGGCGGAACCCGCUUGUAAUGGAGCGGAAAUUUUGUUUUAUAAUAUUGAGCUCGGGGAUAGAGUUAUUGAAACUGACGGACCUGUUACUGAGUAUACGAUAGAAGAUUUACAGCCAGAGGUUCAGUAUAAGAUCAAAAUUCAAGCCGUCAAUGCCGUCGGACCGGGAGCUUUCUCAUCCACAUGGAGAACAGCAACUUUAAGGUUACCACCUGCACCGCCAUCUUUGGAAUGUAUCGGGACUGGUCACAAUUACCUUAAACUCAAAUGGGGAGAAGGUAAAAACUUAGACUACACCCAAUUUUCUUUGGAAAUGGAAAAUGUAAGAUCGAAAGAAUGGCAGUGUGUCUACAAAGGAACUGCGUUUACCUGCAAAGUCAAUAAGUUACAUGAACUUACCACCUACAGAUUUAGGAUAAAUGCCACAAAUGAUGCAGGCGUAGGCGACUUUUCCUCUGAAUUCGAGUUCAGCACGAAUAUUGCGCCACCGGCGGUUCUUAAGUCCCCCAAAGUGGUGGAAGUGGAGCAGCGCACGUGCACCAUCGAAUGGAUACCGUCUAAAAACUCUUUCAAUGAUCCGAUCGAAUAUCAAGUGCAGGUAUCCAAGCUAAAGGAACAGAUUUAUAAGCAGGUCCAUCGUGGUUCAGACACCAAAUGCACCAUCGAAUCCCUGGAGCCGGGAGUCGAGUAUUCCGCACGCGUGGCACCGAUCCGUCUCGCUCCAACCGCCGGCGAAUUAACCGGCCCCCAUUCCCAACCGGUUACCUUCACCACCAUGACCGGUGACGUAUCUGCCGUCACCCGCUUAUCCCCAAGCAGCUCCACCCCCACCCACAGCGCUAAGGGUAAAAACUCCACCGCCCUCUGGUGGCAGGGGGUCUCUUUCAAGAAAUUUUACAAAGAACAUUUGGUUUAUAUUUGGGCCUUGCUAUUGACGGUGGUCGGGGUGAUUAUUUCUUUUGUUAUCGCGUCGUUUUUGUAAGUGCAAUUUAUUUUUAUUUUUUUAAAGUGCAGUUAGGUAAGGUAGGCUUGCCGGUCGGGCUAGAAUGGCACAAUAUGGGGAUUUAAUAGAAGUUAAAAUGACAUAGUUUUAUGUUCAUUUUUAAGUUUUUAUUUUGGUGUUCGUGCCAUUUUAGACCGUGAGUGAGUGCUCAAUUAGAGGAAAACAUGAUGAAUCAAAUUCAUACACACAAGAAAAGUAUUAUAGAAACAGGGCUUUUUUUAACUGUAAUUGUGAAACGAUGUUUAUAGGUGUAUUAGUUGAAUAUAGUAGCCGAAUUUGUUAAAUAAUAAAUAUUUAAUUUAAAAGGGUAAAAAUCGAUAUCUUUGGUGAGUCCACUGGACAUUUCGUAAUUGCCAAUUAUCUAUUUCCAGUAUAAGAUUUUCUUAUACAAUUACGAGGUCCGCUUAAAUUGAAUAAAACUGGUCGUUGGUAGAUAGAUUCAAGAUUCUUUUACAAUAUUGCAAAACCCUUAUUAGUUUCUAAGCUACAGGGCGGUUUGUGACAACCUUUAGUAAUAUAUGCCUUAAGUAUUUAAAAAUAUUUUCCCUGUAGCUUAGAAAUUAAUAAGAAUUUCGCAACACUGUAAAAGAACGUUGAAUUUAACCGAACUCGGAGAGAUUAAAACAAGUUAUUUAAGGGUCUACUAUUAAUGUCAAAAUUAAAUUAAGGGUAAAUUGAUUUGCAGACAUAAAAAAUGACACUACAUGCUUUGUCAUAAAAAUCACAUUUAACGAAUAGCCUGAAAGCGAUCUCUUAACAGGCUAUAAGUAAGCUUAAAUGGCAAGAAUGUAAAUAAGAGAUUUGAGUUAAAUUUUAAUGAAGUUUGUGUCAAUUAGUUGUAAUAUUUAGUAGUCUCGAUUGGAAGGACAGAUAUAGGUUUUUGGCCGCUUGCUAGUUAAACUGUUGACUUCUCAAAAUUAAUAUUUUAUUUUUUUAUAAUAAUAUAAGAUGCAAAAUUAUUAAGAGUUAACUUGCUUAUAUUUUGGAUAUAGAUUAGAUAGAUAUUAGAAACUAUGGAAUAUAAAAAAAUCAACUGUAAUAUCUAUUUACUUUAUAUGGUAAAAAGUUGAAGCUUUAGUGGGCUUAUAUCAUCAUUUUCCGAUAACUGGAUAUUUUAAAUUUAACUCCUUUCACUAUUAGAAUUCUUUAUACAGCUACGAGGUCAGUUAAAUUAGAUAAAACUGGACGUUUAUGAUAGUGAUUCAAAAUUUUUUUACAGUGUUGCAAAACUCUUAUUAGUUUCUAAGCUGCAGGGUGAUUUGCGACAACCUUUAGUAAUAAUUACCUUGGAUAUUUAAAGAUACUUUCCCUGUAGCUUAGAAACAAAUAAAAGUUUUGCAACACUGUAAAAGAAUCUUGAAUUUAACCGAACUCGGAGAGAGUAACAUAAGCUAUUUAACCCGUUUUUUCCCAAGUUUAAAUAAAUUAAAAUUAGCUUUUAUGCCCGAGUUUUGCAAAACUUUUGGAAAUUAUAUUUGUAGAAAAAAAUCAAGUUAACUAAUUAUAUUUUUCUGUGAAAAUUUGUUUUUUUGUUUCUAAAUAUUUUUUUUUAAUUUUUUAAAUUGAUGUUCCAUUUUUGGAACACUGGGAACACAUGGGUGCAUUAAAACCAACUUUAAUUCUUAUGAACAAAAGUCAAGUUUAAUUUAAAAAAUCAUAAAAUAAUUAUUAAGUGGACUAAUGAUAGUCUUUAAAACAAGCCUCAUGUAAAUUGAGGUUACAUUUCUCACAUAUCUUAGUCGAGUUUUUGUGACAUAGAGCGCACCUAUUCUAUUUUGUGGCUGGAAUAAUCCAAUGAUUCAAACCAUCGUACCUAAUUUGAUUAUGGUUCCGAGCCUCUAACGGCUUUGAUGUUUUAGGGCGUCCUCCAGUUGAAAUAGGUUGAAAAAAUCCACUUUUUCGCCAUUUGGUUGAAGUCUGUAAUACUACCAAGCAAUGCGAAAAGACUUUUCACCAUUUCUUGGAACUAACCCGAAUUCUAUAGUUGUGUAUAUUUUGAUCCAUUCGGUCCACUCCACCCAUAUAUUUAUUGUAUUACCCGACUACAAAAGGCUGAGGAACCAGGCAUUUUUUUUUCUCACUGGAAAUCCACCGACUAAGUUGACCAACAGGAUUCACCGGAUUGCAACUACUUACAAUUAAAACAGGACGGUUAUCAUUCCAUAAGGUACCUGCUAUUUGAGAAUUAGCGUCUGUAGAAUAAUCAAAACUGCCUCCUGUACCCUUUUUUUAUUGCAUUUUAUUGCGCAAAGGACAAUUCUCUAAUCUAUUCCCGUUGAUUGUACCUGUAUAUCCUACUCCAAUCUUCUGGAGCGAAUUGACUAGUUUUAGAGAGGAAAAAUAUCUGUCGCCAUAAAUUUUAACUUAAGAUUCUCCAAAGGGUCAUCACUACAGAUCCUCCCAAUCCUAAGUCCAUGUAGCGCCUAUUUGCUUGUUUACCUUGAUAGGGAUUAAAUUGUAUUAGGUACCCAGAUUUUUCACACAAGGACCAUAUUUUAUAGCCGUACCUAAUAGGUUUACCAUUUAUGUACUGCUUCGCUCCAUGCCUUCCGAAAUAUGGUACCAUACUUUCAUCAAUAGACAGUUUUUCGUUAAGCGGAGCAUAAGACAAAAAUCGGUCAUUCAACAUGUUAAAAAGUGGUUGCAACUUCGCAAAUUUAUUGUCUUCUAAAUCAUUAUUAUCAGCACAAUGCGCAAAUUUUUUUAACAAUUCAAACCGAUUUGUUCGCAUUGCGAUUGCUACUAAUGGAUUGUAUGUAUCAGUAUCCACCUCCCAAAGCAUACGCCAUCUUGGAACUUGUAAAUGCCCGGAUAAAUAUAAUACCAAUAAAGCAUUUUAGUUCUCCUGCAUCAGUACUAAAAUUAUGAUUGCCUUUUUGGCUGGCAUACAAAUAAAACAUUUCUACUAAAUAAUUACAUAUUUCCAUAUCAAAAAAUGAUUCAAAGCACGCAACAGCAUCUGGAAAUAUGUCGACGUUUGCGCCAGGCUCUUUCGGAGAAACAAAUUGGAGAAGGAGUUAUUCAAUUCCACUUUUUCCCAGCUUUUUUCUAAAUUCGUUCUGUUUAUAUUAGCUUGGAUUACCAAGCGAACUAAAGGUAUAUUAUCGCUAUCGUCGCUUGCAUUACCAUCAGAUAAUUCAGGAGAGUUAUCGUUUACGAUAGAAUGGCCUGAGGUUCCUGGUUGCGAAGAUUUCCUCAAUAUUUUUAUCCUGAUCAUUAUCUCCAAUAUUAACUACUCCAUCAAUGUUCUUUAUUUUAGCACAAGCUUCUGACUGCUUUUGACGACUACUAAGGUGAUUUACAUUAGCUAAAGGAACUUCAUCAUCAUCAGAAUCCUCUUCAGAAUCCCUUCCAUCGUUUGGAGGUGUGAUAAAAACAUCUGCAGCCCAAAACUGCUCAUCUUCAACAUUAGUUCUUGGGUCGUGUAAUAGCUACAAUAAAAAAAAAUUAUGUCCCCGUUUGUUCCCAGUGUUCCAAUAUAGGAACAACCUAAAACGAUCAAAUCAUUUAGUAACUUUCAAUAAUAUUCAUAUUGGGUAUAUAAAAUAUCUUGAAUUACAUCACUUACAAUAAAUUCUUUGCAGUAGAACAAUUUAAUUAUCAAAACUAUAAAAAUUAUACUUACUUUUUUAACGCCAUAUUGUGAACUUUAAAAAAAAAUCAGUAAUUAGCACACUAAAUGCGGAAAAUUUGCAAAAACGUACAUCAAACCUUCUCUUAUGCUAGCCAGAACGACACUAACACGACCGCGCGACGGAAAGAGCACGCUUCUCAGAAAAGAGAGGGGACAACGUGGUCUUUCCAAUUUUGGAACACCGGGACAAUAAUGACAUUUCUAAUAUCGGAACUCUGGGAAAAAACGGGUUAAGGCACUUCAAUACAAUGGCAAAAUUCAUUAAAAAAAAAUUAAAUCUAUUUGCAGAUAUAAAAAAAUUACACUGCAUGCUUUGCCAUAAAAAUCACAUUAAAAAAAUUAUCGAAUAGUCUAAAAGCGAUCUCUUUACAGGCUAUAAAUAAGUUUAAAUGGCAAGAAUCUAAAUAAGAGAUUUCAGUUAAAUUUUAGUUAAAUUUGCGUCAAUUAAAUAAUAAUUAGCUGUAAUAUUUAGUAGUUUCCAUUGGAAAGGCAUAUAGGUUUUUACCGCUUUCUAGUUAAAAAGUUGACUUCUCAAAAUUAAUAUUGUAUUUUUUUUAAAAUAAUAUAACAUGCAAAAUGAUUAAAAGAGUUUACUUGAUUAUAUUUUGGAUAUAGACAUAUUGAAGAAACUAUCACAUAUAGAAAAUCGGCUAAAGGUUUAGUGGGUUGAUAUCGUAAUUUCCUGAUCACUGGGUAUUUUUCAAUUGCUAAAUAACUCUUUCCAGUAUAAUAAUUACUUUUACAGCUACGAGGUAGGUUAAAUCAGAUAAAACUGGUCGUUUGUGAUAGUCAUUCAAAAUUCUUUUACAAUGUUGCAAAACUCUUAGUUUCACUUAGUUUCUAAGCUACGGUGGUUGGUAACUUUUGUAAUAAUUUCUUUGAAUAUUUGAAGAUUUUUUCCUUGUAGCUUAAAAACUAAUAAGAAUUUUGCAAUACUGUAAGAGAAUCUUUAAUAUAACCGAACCUGGACAUAGUAACAUUAGUUAUUAAGGACAGCUGUUAACAGUACCAUAAUUCAUAAACAAAAUAUAUCAAAUGCACAAAAGAUAAGACUAUGUUUUGGGAUAAAAAUCGGCUUAAUAAAUAUCGAAAUUAUGCUGAAAGCGAUCUCUUUACAUACUAUAUUGAAAAAUAAAAGGCGAGAAUCAAACCAUGCAAAAAACCCUGGUAAAAUUUGAACUAAAUGUGAUUGAAUUAAAUAAUAAUGAUUAGUAGUUUCGGUUGUAAGAACAGAUAUAGGUUUUUGACUGCUUGCUAGUUAAACUGUUGACCUCUUAAAGUUAAUAUUGUAUUUUUUACAAAGAUAAAAAAUUGGAUAGAUUUACAAUGGUUAAAGAGUCCUAAUAGUAGUUAAAAAAAAGACAGAGGUGUUCCCAUAAUUGUUUCGGUUUUUAUUUUAAAAGAGCUUUAUCUAAAUUACAAAGUCCUAAAACGUUUAAAAAUGUCCACUAAAUAUAGUUAAAACCGAAACUUGAGUCGUUUGGAUGCUCUUUUGUAGAUUUAUUUAGAUCAGCAGUUUCCAAAAUCCUUCGUCGCGGAGAUAGCCCUUAGAGUGAGAUAAUACAUCUUUACUUGUAACUUUCUAAUCUCGGGCAUAUUUACUUUGCGACUAUCCAUCAAGAUUUUGAGUAACAGUCUCAUUUGGAUGAUCAGAACAUGUCUGAAACCAGCAUAUUGGCAGCAAAUUGUUAUAUUAAAUGGAAUUAGCCGGUUAAGCCUUUUUAAUUCAUUAUUAAGCCUAACGGGAACUUUUUUUUAUCAAUACACUAAACUCGGCUUUUUUAUUAAACUUUGUUUCUAAAAAAUAUAAAAAUUAUGUCACUUAAACCCUUGUAACUGAAGAAUUAAUGUCAAAAUAUCACGAAAUUUGAAUAUGUACCAUUUGAAGGUUAGUAAUAUCUAGAAAUAAUAUGAAUUAGUGGUUGCCUUAGUUAUUUAAUUAUCCCGAGACUGUUAUUCAUAUUUAUUAAAGAGGGAAGAAGACUGUUGGGAAGGAAUCCAAUGAAACUGAAACUUCUUUAAUUUAUACGUCCCUUUUUUCUCUCUCCUUAAGUUUUACAACAUUAACGCGCUUCAUAUAUUUAUUUAUUAAUAUCCUAUUUAUAAAAUGCUAAAUUAAAAAUUAAAAUUAAGGGAAACAAAUUGUUUUAAUAAUAAUUUGUAAUACCCCUGUAAUUUCCUAAAGAUGUCUUUAUAAAGGUCGAAAUGUCGACAUAUAAAUUAAAGAAGCUUCAGUUUUAUUGGACACGUACUCCACAAUCUUCUUUCCUCUUAAAUCAAUCCUGAGUCGCAAAACCCACUCAAGAAAAUCAUGUAUUAAUAUUUACUAUUAGAUAUUAGGAAAAAAAAAGAAAAGAAAUGAACUUAAAUGAUGACUUGAGUGUAAAUCAGGAAAUAAAACGAGUCAAUAAUUUAGUAACCUGCAGGGAUAAAAAGUCUUAUAAUUUUAUAUGAGAUUUAAAAAUAAAGUCGCUUUUGAUUUUAUAUGAUAAAAUAACUGCUUUAUUACUCUUUAGCUUUUACGAGUAUAUUCUUUUAUAAAAAAAAACACUCCAUAAAUGAAGCCAGGGAAUAACUGUCAUUUAUAAACAUUAAAAAAAAACCGAUCCCAGCAGAUUUCAUAUACAAAAUUUAAACGCUACAAUAAAGUCUUGAUUAAGCUAAGAUUUUUCUAUAUGAAACAGGGCUUUAUAUAAAAAAUCUUGAAGCUUUUAAAAGAAAUUGUAUGAUUUUUACUAGUAAAGCUUCGCAUGUGGCAAACUGCUAAGACGAAACUUUCUCUCAUAUUAUGUUGUCCCUAACCUGAAAAAAUUAAGUGAAAUUAUUCCUGCAGUAAGCUAAUUUAAUAUCAUACUCUCUAGGGAUAUCUGAAAUUUUAUGUAUCAAUGCAGUAGUUAUAUAAAUUUUUCUCAAAUAUGGGAGUUUUUCCCUGUGGCUAAGUCGUAUUUUCUUUUAGAUUAAACGUGAAAAAGUUUCUUUAAAAUUAACAAUUGGAUUUUUUACCUGGAUUUUAUGGAACUUAAAAAUGUCGUUGCUUUAUUUAUAAUGUUUUUGGUUCACCUACAUUCUUAUAAAACACAGUACGCAAACCGUAAAAUAAACUGACAGGUUUCGUGUGAUGGACAUAUUUCAGAGAAUUUUCUUAGGGAUCUUAAAUCCUUUUGACGAUAAAGUUAAUUUUUUAAUCUUAAUUGUUCGUCAUUAUUAUCGUGGAGUUUAUCGUUAUAUGUUUGCUUAAAUGCCUUUUUGUCAAUAAUAUUUUCAUUUUUAUAAGAAAAAUUGUAAUGCUUAUGUGAAUUGAAGAACACUUUUUUGCCCAUGCCAAUUUUUAAGUGAGUUAAUGGUGAUUACUUACUAACCAUAAACGUUUUACUAGUCUAUGGAAAAAAUAGAGAUGUAUUUUUUAUGUAUAGCUCCUACUAACAAAAAAAUUAUUUUCAAAAAAAAAUUUUGAUCUCACAGGGAUUACUUUUUUUUUUCUUACUGGUUUUCCUAGGCAAAAUGGAAACUUCUGUUUCUGUAAAUUUUUAUUUUCACAAUUAAAAAAAAAUGCAAAACAUCCAACGCUUUCUGGGAGAAAAUGGAUUUUAUGAGAAUUAAGUGAAUUUUCUUAUACAAAGCAAUAUUUUCCUUGCAAUGUAAUUUACAACUGUAUAAAUAGAAAAAGAGUCAAUAUGGAUCACUUUUAAUAGCAUUUUUCAGCUUUUCAUAUACAAAUUAAGUUUUUAUAUUUUUUUAGUUUUAUUGCAGGAAUAAAUCCUCGACUUUCAACAAAAAAAAACACAAAUUUUAUUUUUUGUACUUUUCCCUAUACAGAUUUUUUUUUAAGUUCCGUAGGUUUUUAUUAUUUAUUAUUAUUAAACAUAUAUUUCUUGUUUGUUAAUAUUUCAGAAAAAAUAUUGAGAAAAACAUAUUAAAUAAGCUUUAAAUACAAGUAAAGUAAAGAAGUGAUUUUAACAAAUAAUUUGAUUUAUGAUAGUGAAAUUUCCUUAAAACGUUAUGUCGGUUUUAUUUACAAUUUGGACUUAUUUAGCUAUAAAUUCCUGCUGCAUUUCAUAUUAUUUAUUAAUAAUAAGUCAUCAUAUUAGUUGAAGGUAUUUGCACCUCAUAUGAAGGGCUGAGAAGCCAUGGGGUAUAAGUGUACUGAAGUCAGUUUUGAGAAAACUCAAAUUAAAGUUAAAUUGUUAUAAUCAAAUGCAGGCAAAAGUAUGGCAAUUCAAGCUAGUUUUGUUUUAAUUGCUAGGGUUUAGACUAUCAUAAUAAAGAAAAAUAAUAUGCUUUUUAGUAUUUUUCAUAUUGAUUAUUAGGCAAUAUUUGAUAAAAGUCAUCACUUGUACCCCUUGGCUUCUCAUAGAAAUUAGGAGUUUAAUAAAACAUAGGAUACAAAUAAAUUAGAAAAAUGUAUUUUUCCAAUGAAAGGUGGCUUAACAAAAUACUAACAGUUUGUAUAAAAAUGUCAUUUAAAUACCACUUGCAGAACUAUUCUGAGUCACUGCUAUAAACAUUGUCUUCAUGUUCUGGAUCCUCAUUUUCAUCAUCGUCAGGAUUAUGAUGUCCCUCUUGAACCGCUUCUUGCUGUUUCUGGAUGUUCUGUCUUGUGUGCACCAAACGAUUUCCCUCAUAGUCUAAUGAUCUAUAGAAUUGGUGAUGUACGGGAGAUACAAAUGGUAGGAGGCCAACAAGGUCUUGGUACUUUGAUGCUUUUAUUUUCUUUUUAUUUUGUUUAGGGAUAAGAGAAGGCAAGGUUUUUGGAAUCCUUCCAACAUUUUUUGCAAGCAUGUUGUACUCUAAAAAUGGCAUUUCUUUAUUAAAUGUAUUUUUGUGAAACAAAGUGUAAGGACUUUCUUUUCUGAACUGCAGCCACUGCAUGUUUCUAAUACCCUUAACAGCUUUCACAAAAUGUUUGCUUAUGGGAUCCAAAGUAAGGAAGUCUUCAUCCAACAUUUUCUUCAUUAAGAACUUUUUGCUAGUUGUGGCUUUAAUAUCCACCCAGUCAUUAGGAACGAAAACACCUCUUUUUGUGUUUCUCUUGGUAUUUUCCACUUUACCAAAGUCUCGGUCACAAUGAUUAUAAGAAUGACCAGUAAGCAAAAAUUUUAGGUCGACAAAUUCAAUCUGCAUUGUGUUUACAACAUACAACUAAAAUUUUACCGUAAGUUGGCUUUUAUUUUGCCCACCACAAUUAUCACAGAAAGCAGUGAGGUGAGUGACUGUAGAGGGCAAUGAUUUGAUGUACUGGAUGAAACACGAUACCAUUUCUUCGCAUCCUCUUGAUGCUUGCCCCUCAUGCCAAAGAAACAUAAACGCAUCAUCGGUCCCAAUAUCAUGUACAUUAAAAUUAUACGUCCAUAAUUGCCUUGCAUAAUACAUUUUUAUGCAUGUUAAUACCGGCGUGGGCAACAUUUUUUGAAGAUCAAAACAUAUAGCUUUAUGGGCAAGAUCAUCUUUUACUUCUUUUUUAGCAUUAUCCAUUUCUUUUUUAGCACUUUCAGACUUACGUAGGAGGACUUCUUUAGCGAUUGUUGCAGCUUGUUUAGCUUCCAGAUCUCCAUGCUCAAUAGCUAAUUUAAACUUGUCACAAUUAUUACAAGUGUCAGUAUGUGCUCGAUGGAAACUAAGAUUGAAACAUGUAUUAAAUAUAUGCCUUGUUCCGCACAAAAGAUUUUAUAACAGUCAUACAAUCUUUUCAGAUUUAAGUCAGCAUUUAAAUAUGUUCGGUUUGGAGCUUGCUGUCUGGAAUAGUGACUACUAUAUCUAGGGAACAUAGCAAUAUGUUGUUUGACCAAAUCAGUUUUCUUAAUGGUAAUUUUAUUGGUUGGAACCUUUCGCCCUCUACGGUCUCGAGCUGGUAUUCCCGUUCGAGAUUCUUUCUUUUUAGCAAUAAUGUUGGCAACACGCUUAUUUGACACAUCUAAUGUUUUUUUUAAAAAAUCCUUGCAGAUCCUUAGACCGUCUAAUAAAUAUUGACAAGAAUGGGACUUUCCACGUACAGUGUUUUCUUUCUUCCUAUGCGGAACUUCUAUUAUAAUCGCAGAGUUCAAAAAUGAUGAUUGCAAUUCGCAAUUCGCCAGACCCCAGUACUCAUUAAAAAAUUCGUGGCGCUUUUCCUCGCUCAUAUUUUCGCAACAUUUAUAGCGGCAUUCAUGGUCGUAUGCCUGAACUUUUCUUUCAUUGUGUACUUUACCUUUACGGUCAGUGUACUUUUUACCCAUGUUUCGUAGUCUUGAAGACUUCUGCCUUUUCCAUUCCUCAGUCCGUCGUGUUUUUUCUUACCAAGAUGCUUCUGCCGCUUUGUAGGUGGUUCUUCUGCUUCAGUUUCUUCCAUUUGAUCUGAAAUUAAAUUUAAAUUUUGUAUUUAGAUUAAUUAAUUAAGCUGUGUAUGUCAAAACUAAGACUAAUUUUUAAUUAUUACUCUAAAAUUUGUUAUCAAUAAAAAGUUGCCUAUUAGAGAAAAAGAACGUUAUAAUGAAAUCGGCUGAUUAGUAAUAUUAAUAAUAAUAAUUAACUAAGGCCUACUCUUACCUUCUUCAGGACGGUUACUUGAACUAGUACUGGAAGAAUUAUCUGCCUCUGGGUUAUAAUCAGUGUCAUCAUCGCUAUUAUCUGAAAGUAGGACAACUGAAUAAGAUGGUUACGAGCUUUCAAAUAAUAUUAUUAACAACAUACAUUGAAACCUAACCUUAAAACCUCACCUAAACAUAUUAAAUGACUCAAAUUACAAUAAAUAAUAAUAUUGGAUUUGAUAAAAAGUAGAACUUACCAUUAAAAAGGCUAAAAGAACUAUCUUCUGACAUUUUUUUAUCAAGUUUGAUAGCCUCAACACGUAAACAAUUUAAACACAACAACAAUGCGUAAAAGAAAACAACAGCUUUAGUAAACUAAAUUAUCAGCUAUUUUUUAGAAGCCAAUGGGUACAAGUGACUCGCGGCACAUGUAUCCCUUGACUUCUAAACUAAAAAGCACUUUUAAGCAGUAGUUUUUUUUUCGCCACUAGAUGUUAGCACAUGAUAGAGUUCCACUUAUCUCCCUUAGCCACGAACAUUUUAAAGUGUUUAAGAGUAAGUUUCUGCAUUUAACUCCAUUAUGAAAAAUAUGUACUUGUACCCCUUGGCUUUCUCAGCCCUUCAUAUUAUAUAGGAAAUGGGAAAGUUGGUAAGAAUAAAAUCUGUCGAGUUAUUAGAAUCAUUUAAAAAUAGUUUUUUAAUUAGUAAAUUUCUUGAAAACUUACAGUAAUAGAUCAACAAGAUUUUUCUACAUAUACAAUUGAAACUCAGUUUUACAAGCUGUAGUUUAGUCGGUUACACAUUCAGAUAACUAGGAAGUUUCGAUGGAGGAGUAUAAUAACUACUCUUAAACAAAUUAGAUAAGCAAUUCCUAAAUUUACGUGUUCCAGAGUUGUUUUAGCUAAGUGUCCUUUAGGUCAGGGAGGAUAGAAGUUGCCUUCUUUCCCUUUUAGACACUUUUUUUGAGUUCUGGUUUCCUGAUCUUAAAAAGGGUUAUAUCCAUUUUGAAAUAAAAAAUUUCUGGUCUUUUUAAGUUAUUCAUUCCACGAGUUAUAAACGCCUAGAUCUAAAACUUUUUAUCUCAAUGAACCCUACAAAAGCGAAUAUUUAGAUCUGGUGAUCAUAAAGGCCAUAAAACUUAACUAAGAAUCAAGAAAUCUCCUAAACAAGAUCAAAGAAUACUGGAAGUAAGGUGACCAAACAAGAAAUUCCCGGAAAAACCCAAUAAUUUGGCACGAAAAUUUAAAAUUUUGAAACAUAACUGCUCGAUAUACAUCGAAACAUUUAAAACAAAACUGCCUAAAAAGCAAUUUAGUAAUGAAAAAAGUUUUUAAGAUUAAUAGAUGUCUGAAUAAAAAGGCAUUUCAAUUUUUUUGUGUAUUCCAUUUAGGGAAACGUUUGCAAAUUAGGAUUAACAAUAAAAAAAAAAACGAAGCAUGAAAAUGGGAUAAUUUUAGUUAAACAAAAAAUAAGUAAAUUCAGAAAUAAUAAAAACUUCUUUAUAAAGUAUUUUCUAAUAUUUCUUAAUUCUAAUCUAAUAAAUAAAUAUCCCUUAAAUCUGAAUACCCUAGGAUAUCGCAACAGGUUAUUCCUGAGAUUUUAUAAACUGUCUAGAACACUCAAAUAUUUCAGUAUAUUACUCAGUAAGUUGACUGACUAGAACACUUAUUAACUGGGUUACUUGGACGAUAUUUUGCCUUUUUUAAAUUGCCAAUUUUUACUUUAUUUGUCAUUCAAAACUAUAUAGUAGCUAGUACUGUGCGAGCUUUUACUCUAGCUUCCUUAUACUGUAAACCAAAUUAAAUUUGAGAAGUCAUUUAUUACUGAAACCAACAAUAACUUACAUAAACCAAAGACUGCCUGUCUUACUAGAAAAAUUUAACUUAAUUUACCUCGAAACAAUCUCUUAGUUGAGACCCCCCAUAUACGAGGCAUUAUUUUAUUGUAAAAUUACAAACUAAAAAGCUUCAGUUCGUAUUUCGUUUUGUAUUUUUAUACUUUUUUGAGUGGUGCUAAUCAAAUUAAACGAUGUGAUGUUCGCUGCUGUACAGGAUGUUGUAAUUUUAUGUGCGUGUAGUUGAACAGAGUAUCUAUUUGUAUAAUAUUGUAGCCGUUAUUAGCUUUUAUAGUAUUAUAUCUAGGUCGAGGGCCGAGUUGCAAGAGAUUAUUUUUAGAAAAGUGCUUUUUUUAAAUCGAACUUGGGUGUGGAAAUAUAGGUAGAUAAAAGUUUAUUUUUUAACUCAAAUUUCAUAUAAGCUGUCCCGAAUAUUAUACAGUCAAUAUUUAAUUCACAUUAGUUUCAAACGCAAAACAUUAUUGGGACACAUUUUUGUUAUUCCUUAUCCAUGUUAUAGAUUAAACAGUAGGUUUUUUAAUACCUUUUUUAUUGUUAUUGUUAAUGUUGCACGUAACACAAAUUACUAAAGAUACUACGAAAGAUUAUGGUCUUAUGAUUACAAAGAGACUGCUAUCGGGCGCGUUCCUUCGUUAUUCCUAAUUUCGAGUCUUCCAGGGCUUAAAUUAAGUUCAAUUUGUUUAUUAAAUGUAUUAGAAUGAGUCAAUCAAGCUGCUUAGGGUGUACAAAAUUUAGUGAAAAUAGUUCCUACUUGUUACACUAAAUGUUUUUGGAUUGUUUAGUCCAAAUUAGUUCAAAGUUACACCGCAUGUGGUUUUUUUGGGACACCAUAUAAAACUAGGAAGUGAAAUUGUUUUAGAUUAUUUAAAUAAAAAAGUUUUAAGAAUUAUAAAUCAUGACUCCCAGAGAUUAUAAAUAUAAUUAUUGUUAGUGUCUUUAUAUUUUAUUAUAAUUUGUGUCUUUAGCUAACGCUUUUUUUACCGUAUUUUUGCGCAUUCCUGUAUAGUUACUAUUAUAAGAAAUAGAAUACCCGUGCUGUGUCUUGUAAUUCCAGUCAUCCCUGUACAUUGUCUAUGUAAUAUGUGGUUCGCGGUAUUAAUUAUAUUAUACGUAUUAUUUAAAAAAAUAUAUAAAAAAUACUUCAAAUAUAUUAUUUUUAAGUGGCUGGAACGCAUGUACCUAUAGAUUAAUAAAUAUUUUCUUAAAUACGAUUUGUUUUGCUGGGUUGUACUACAUGAGAAAAAGGCUUACUAUUAUCCUAAAGUGCGGUAGUGGCAAAAUUUUGAAUAUUUUUCGGCAAAAGUACAACUUCGCACCUUAAUUGCAAUUAUUAUUGUAUAAUAAAAUAUAGGAGGAAUUACUAAAGAAAAAAAAUUAAAAAAAGAAUUAUAUAUACAUAUACAGUUACGCUAUCGUAAUAGUUAUGAUCUAAUCUAUAAUUGAUAUAUAAUAAUUAUUAUUAUUAAUGGGACUUGUAAGUGCUUAAAGCACAAUCCACAAGAGAUAUAUUAAUAUAUUAUGCUAUAGGAAAAUACAUAUUCUAUAAAUAAAUCAAUUAUAUAUUUUAUGUAACAUUA